UUUGCUCGGGGCACACAGUCGGCGAGGCCGGCCAGACAAGAUGGAGUUGGUGCAGGUCCUGAAGCGCGGGCUGCAGCAGGUCGGCGGCCACGGUGGCCUCCGCGGCUACCUCCGAGUCUUGUUCAGGGCCAAUGACGUGAGAGUUGGUACCUUAGUGGGGGAAGACAAAUACGGAAACAAGUACUACGAGGACAACAAGCAGUUUUUUGGCCGUCAUCGAUGGGUUAUAUAUACAACAGAAAUGAAUGGCAAAAACACAUUCUGGGAAGUGGAUGGAAGCAUGGUGCCUCCUGAAUGGCAUCGUUGGCUUCACUGCAUGACCGAUGAUCCUCCAACAACAAAACCACCCACUGCCCGGAAAUUCAUUUGGACAAACCAUAAAUUCAACGUGAGUGGCACGCCUGAACAGUACGUACCUUAUUCUACCACCAGAAAGAAGAUUCAGGAGUGGGUCCCUCCUUCAACGCCUUACAAGUAGCAACCUUGAAACCCUGUUUCACUCUGUAAAAUAUGAGGCUUUUCAUGUAGUUGCACUUUCACUGUUUAUCACUAAUGAUUAAAAUUGCUUACCCAA